CAAGAUGGCGACAUGCAAAUCAAGUAGUCAGACUGGUCUUGACAGCUGGCAGAGCAGCAAAUCUCUUUCAGAAUGUCUUAGAUAUUCUCUUGAAAAUAAAAUGUUCACUAACGUGACAUUCAAGGUGGGAAGAGAACAGAAGAGCAUCCAGGCUCACAGACAGUUCCUCGGUAUCCGCAGCGGCGUGUUCGAGGCCAUGUUCUACGGACCAUUGGCAGAGCAGGGUGAGAUCGUCAUUCCGGAAGUAGAACACGACAUAUUUGAACAGUUUCUAAGGUACCUCUAUACAGAUGACGUCACAAUGGAUGGUGCCAAUGUAAUGGGUUUGUUGUACGUAUCAAAGAAGUAUGACGUCAAAAUCCUGGAACAGAAGUGUCUGACGUAUUUGUCGUCAUCGAUCACGUCAGACAACGCCUGUGUGAUACUGGAACAGGCCCACGUGUUUGAUGAGCAGGAAUUGAAAGAAAAAGCUUUGACUUUUAUUUUGGAAAAUGGAGAUGCCGCUCUAAAAUCAUCUGAAGUUACCGACCUUUGUCACGAAUGCUUGGUUAAGAUCAUACAAGCGGAAGAAUUGGUGGCCGAUGAACAAUCUGUAUUUGAAGCUGUUGUAGCGUGGAGUGAAAGUGCGUGCAGGAAACAAAACAAAGAUGUAACUCACGAAAACAGACAUCAAGUGCUUGGGGAAGCCAUAAAGCACGUGCGGUUUCCAUUACUUGACCAGAAGUAUUUCGCGAAAAAUGUAGUACCAACCAACUUCCUGACUGAUGCAGAAAAACUCAAGAUCUUAACACACUGCAUAUGUCCUGAUGAAAGCGUUUCACCAUUUAACGCCAACAAGCGGAUAGGAAUUAUUCGUCGAGAGAAAAUUAUAAUACUGCGCCUCACCAACAUAAACCAACGUGAAUGUAUUUGCCCAUGUUCUAGUAAUGCAGAUCAUGGAAUUAUGUUUUCUGUAAACCAAGACGCAUCACUACUAGAAUUCCAGUUGUAUUGUCCCAAAAGCAGAACCACUGCAAAUUAUGACGUCAGCACUUUCAUAACUGACCCGACAACAGAUGACGUAAUCGAAGGUUCAUCAGUGACAAAGUCGGUCUCAGUCGCAGCUGAGACGACAAUAUAUCACGUGGAGUUUCCUCGACCCCUAAAACUGAGUAAAGACAAGAAGUACAAUCUGAUUGUUAACAUCGAUGGACCUGACUCACUCUGUGGGGAGUUGGACAGAUAUACAGUACAUAACGGGUCGUUUGUGUGCACGUUCUUCGACUACCAGAAAUCCAAACACAUUAACAAACCAAACCGACGUACAGGUGUGGGUGGAGUACAGGUAUCUGGUUUGAUGUUCUUAGUAUGA